AUGUCAUUUAGGAAAAGAAGUGAAAUAAUAGGUGGAACGCGAAUACAGCCUACUGCUGUUGAUAGAAAUCCAAGGCAAUUACCAUUAAGAAUACCAAAUGCAGCUGUACCAGGUAGACAACCAAUUAAUAUUGGUGUUAGAAAACAAGAAAUAGCACCCAUCGCUAAACAAGACAUUUCAAAUAAUCCAGGGGUUAGACCAUCACUAGUAACAUCACAACCAACCACAUCAACUGGGACAUCCGACUUGGAUAAAAUAUUAUUACAUCAGGGUUUGCCAUUAGGAACAUCAUUACUUAUUGAAGAAUCAGGGACAACAGAUUUUGCAUCAGUUAUAAUUAGGGCAUUUGCAUCUCAAGGUAUUCUACAUAAUAGAAUAACAGAGAAUCUACAAUCCCAUAUCAUAGUCCUCGGUUUAUCUAGUACAUGGUCGAAUGAUUUACCGGGUAUAUACAAGGGAUCAUCAAAAGAGCAAAAAAAGGCAAAAAUAGCAGAACAAGAAUCAAAAGUAAGUGUUUCAAAUUUAGCAUCAAAUGAUUUAAAAAUUGCAUGGAGAUACGGCCUUAACCAAAAAAAAUCAGAAGAACAGAAUCAAGAGAAUAGUACAUAUGAACACUAUAAUAAUCAAUUCGACCUAACUCAAAAACUUACACCAGGGCCCAAUAAAGCAGAUAUUUCUUAUAUACAACUAUCAAACUCAUACCAAAGCAUAAUUUCACAAAUCAAAAGCAUUAUAAAACAACAUUCAAAUAAAGUAAUAAGAUUAAUUAUUCCAAAUUUAUUAAAUCCAUCCAUCUAUCCACCACAAUUACAUUCAGCAAAUUUCAUAAUCCCCUUUAUUCAUUCACUUAGAUCUUUAUUGAGAGAAUAUUCCAGUUUGGUGCUUAUAAGUUCUAUUUCACUUGAUUUGUAUAGUAGGGAUAAUGAUGUGGUUAAGAUUUUUGAAAAUUUAUUUGAUGGGGUCGUUAUUUUACAGCCAUUCGAUCAGGAAAUGAGUCAAUUGAUUGAAAAAGCAUAUAGAAAUGAACCAAGUAAGAUACAACAGGGCUUAGUUAAUAUUGUGAAAAUUCCAAUUUUGAGUGAGAAGGGAUUGAUGCUUGUUCAUUAUGGUGAGUAUGCUUUUAAAAAUGGUAGGAAGAGGUUUGAGAUUGAAGAGUGGGGUAUUCCUGUUGAGGAUGGUGAUAAGGAUACUAAUACAACACAAGAAGGUGGUCAAACUACUAAAAAUAUUGAUUUUUAA